UCCAACAACAAUAGUUAGCCUUAUCCACAGUGUUGUGUACGAGGCCUCCCAGCACCAUUUGACCCUCAGAUGCUCUCUGAUCAGGCUCACAGUGGUUUGGAUGCAAUCUGGAUUUUCUCUAACAUUUCAACAUUUUGGAUACUAAAGCUAAGGCUUGAUCUCAUAUUUAAGUGAGGACAAUGAACAGUUUGGAGGGGCUGAGGGCCGACUCCUCUCAGUUCACUCUGAGGGGGGAGCCCUUCCGCAUCCUGGGAGGCUCCAUUCAUUACUUCCGCGUGCCCAGACCGUACUGGAAGGAUCGACUACUGAAGAUGAAGGCCUGUGGUCUCAAUACUCUUACAACAUAUGUGCCAUGGAACCUGCAUGAGCCUGAAAGAGGGACAUUUAACUUUCAAGAUCAGCUAGAUCUCAGGGCCUAUAUCAGCUUAGCAGCAGAGACAGGUUUCUGGGUUAUCCUACGGCCAGGACCUUACAUCUGUGCUGAAUGGGACUUGGGUGGCUUGCCAAGCUGGUUGCUACAAGAUAAAGACAUUCAGCUGAGAACAACUUACCCCGGAUUUGUAAAUGCUGUCAACUUGUACUUUGACAAACUUGUCUCAGUUGUCCAACCUCUGAUGUUUGAGAAUGGAGGACCAAUCAUUGCUCUCCAAUUAGAGAACGAGUAUGGAUCAUAUGCUAAGGACGAUGAGUAUAUGCCAUUUUUAAAGAAUUGUCUCCAGUCCAAAGGGGUCAAUGAGCUCCUGCUAACAUCUGACAACUGGGAAGGUUUGAGAUACAGAAGUAUGGAGGGAGUUCUAAAAACAAUAAAUCUUCAGAGGUUGUCAUUUGGAGCCAUUCAACACUUAGCAUGCAUGCAGCCCCAGAAACCUUUAAUGGUGAUGGAAUAUUGGUCUGGGUGGUUUGAUGUCUGGGGAGAGCAUCAUCAUGUGUUCAAUGCAGAAGACAUGCUUGGCGUGGUGUCAGAAAUUCUGGAGAGAGGCGUUUCCAUUAACCUGUACAUGUUUCAUGGUGGGACCAACUUUGGCUUCAUGAAUGGAGCAAUGGACCUUGGCACCUACAAACCCCAGGUCACAAGUUAUGAUUAUGAUGCUCCGCUAUCGGAAGCUGGAGAUUGCACUAUCAAAUAUGAAAUUCUGAGGGAUUUAUUCAGCCGGUAUAACUCAAAGCCUCUUCCUGAAGUGCCUUCUCCUCAGGAGAGGAAAGCUUAUGAGCCAGUGUACACGCAGCUGUACCUUUCUCUGUGGGAUGCCGUACAGUUCAUAGAUAAGCAAUGCAGGUCAGAGAGGCCGAUAAACAUGGAGAAUAUCCCAGUUAACAACAACAAUGGUCAGUCAUAUGGUUAUACACUGUAUGAAACCACCAUCAGCAGUGGAGGAGCAUUAAACUCUGGGAACAACAUCAGAGACAGAGCAUUGGUGUUCUUGGAUCGAGAAUAUGUAGGAUGUUUGGACUACAAGACUCACGAAGUCAUCUUGCCCGAUGCCAAAAGAAAGAGGACCUUGGCUGUACUUGUUGAAAACUGUGGAAGAGUGAAUUAUGGUAAAGCUCUUGAUAACCAGCGCAAAGGUAUUGUGGGAGACAUUGUGCUUAAUCAUACACCACUAAGAGGAUUCACCACCUUCUGUCUUGAUCUGAAGCCAAGCUUUAUAAAAAGGUUGUCAAGUUCAGGUCAGUGGAAAACCGACUUCAAGUCAGUGCCAGUCCCAGGAUUUUUCCAGGCCAGGCUCGUUUUGGACGGUCCUCCAAAAGACACUUUCAUCAAGCUUCCUAACUGGGGUAAAGGAGUGGUGUUUGUCAAUGGCCAGAACCUUGGUCGUUACUGGUUCAUUGGUCCCCAGCAUUUCCUCUAUCUCCCAGGACCUUGGCUCAGAAGUGGAGAGAACCAGAUCAUUAUUUUUGAAGAAGAAAAGGUUGAUGGAAAAAUUAUGUUUUCUGAAAAUCCUGAAUAUGGAAAAACUAUUGAUGUCUACAAACUGCCCUUUUGCAGUCUGCUGUAAACAUUGUGCACACACACACUAAGGAAUUAUUUAUUGUUACUGAAAUUGAAUAUGAAUUAUAUAAACCAGUUAACACAGUAGGGUUGUUUGUAAUUGCCCGUUGUGGCAGUUUAACAUCAUUUAUUCAGAGCUUAAUGUUUUUGCUAUUGAUUAAUUUAGUUUCAUAACCUGCAACGCUUUGCACUAUUAUAAAGACUGUUAGUAUUUUUUUUAAACAAAUGUACACUGACAAUACAACACAACUUAAUAAUAAAGCGUCCACCACUCUGAUGAUCAUUUCCAGUCCAGGUAAUGGCUUCAUAUGGCUUUUAUGAAAGCUUUUCUGCAGACGUUUUCAGAUGUUUAAUAAAGUCAUGCCAGUCUUUUACACAA